AUGUUAGAUCAAUUUGAUAAUCAGGAACUUGAUAAUUUUUUAAGCUCAUUCAUUAGUUGGCUUUCGAAAAAAGAUGGAACCUCAUUUAAAGUAAAAUCAGUUCACAAUUGUUAUGCUGCACUGGCUAAAUAUCUUUGUGAAAACUCUUCUAUUGAAGGUGGUGUUCGGAUCUGGGAUAAGUAUUCUUUUCCAAAGACACUUCAUUGCUUAUAUGGGAAAAUGAAAUCUCUACAACAAGCUGGUUAUAGUGAUACUUCAAAGAGUGAUUCACUUACUUCAAAUGAGAUUAUGUCUUGUCUAAAUUAUAAUUACUUAUCAGUUGAAAAUAAUAAGGGUUUAGUUUGGAGAUGUUUUUUUUGGCUGUCAUUGUUGUGUGGGUUAAGAGGAAGUAAUACAUAUAAGUUAGAAUACCAGGAUCUUGAAAGAUGA